UUGCACUCUAGGAUAUAUACGAUCUAUGGUCAGGCGGAACUUGCGUAAAGGAGGGAGAACAGUUUGGCGGCAGUUUUUAGUAGGUAUAAGGAAACAGCGAGAAGCAUAGUUUGGUAACGUUAAGUCGAAAUAUAUAUAUAUAGAUAUCGUCGAAAGAAACAGGUCGGCACAUUGUCGUGUUUGCUUCAGUUCCAGAUCCCAAGCCCAGACAAAGAUGCCUAGCACCCGCUCUCAGAGCCAGCCCACUCUGCAGUUUCCGAAGCGAAAGUCUGUUGGCUCCAGACCCAAGGAUGCAACCAGGCCAAAGCAGGGGUCUAUAUUUCCACCAGACCCUAAAACUACCACCAAGAUCCUGCAGUCAAAGUCUCCCAGAUCUGCUGCUCUGAACCCCAAGCGUGCCCCAGAUUCCCCCAGGGCAGCCGUUCAACCACUAAGCCCUCGUAAGCGUAUGGGAGAUGAGAAUGGAUGCAACCUUCCCCCUACCCUCCUGGGCUCGCCCCCUAAGCAGAAGUGCCCCGAGCUGUCCUCACCCCGCAAGCUGAACUUUGAUGAGAACACCCCCGUUUUGUCACAUGUGCACAAAGAGCUGAUCUCCCCAAAGCACCCCAUUGCAGACCUGGCCUCUCCUAAUGCUCACUCCACCCUCCACCAGCCUCAGGAUACCCCUGCAAGCGCUUCUGUCCAAUCAGAGAAAAAGGCUCCUGCAGCUCAGCUGUACUCUGAAGAAGAGUCCUGUUACCACAGUGUGAAGCAGGCACUCCACACUGCUGUUCCUGAGCAUCUGUUGUCCAGGGACAAGGAGUGUGCUUCCAUUCGAUCCUUUCUGACAGACAAGGUGAAGCUGGGUAUUCCUGCCAGCCUCUACAUCUCUGGAGCGCCAGGAACAGGGAAGACAGCCUGUCUUAACUGCAUACUGCAGGAGAUGGAGGAUCAGCUGCAAUCUGUACAAAAGGUGAUCAUCAACUGCAUGAGGCUGCGCAGCUCCCAGUCGAUUUUCCCCCUCCUGGUUGAGCAACUUGGGGCCUCCAGGGGCCACAGUGUCCGGUGUUUGGAGAACCUUCUGACGACCACAGGACCCCCAGUUCUGCUGGUUCUGGAUGAGAUGGAUCAGCUGGACAGUAAAGCCCAAGAUGUCCUUUACACUAUCUUUGAAUGGCCGUACCUCCCGAAAUCUCGUCUCUGUCUUAUCGGUAUCGCCAAUGCACUUGACCUUACGGACCGCAUUCUUCCCCGGCUGCAGUCACGACCUCACUGCCGCCCGCUGUUGCUGCACUUCCCUCCAUAUAGCAGGUUGGAGCUCAUAGCCAUCAUGCAAGAUCGUCUUACACAGGUGUCAGGGGAGGUAGUAUUGGAUGCAGCAGCAGUGCAGUUUUGCGCCCGGAAGGUGUCAGCAGUGUCAGGAGAUGCUCGCAAAGCUCUGGACAUCUGCAGGAGAGCUGUGGAAAUUGUGGAGUCUGAUGCAAGGAGGAGGAAGCUGAACCUGACCUCUGACUCUAAAGGGUCCCAUGUGAGCGUCCCCCAGGUGGCAAGGGUACUUUCUGAGGUUUAUGGGGACCGCAUGGCCACUGGAGGUGGAGAAGGAGAACACUUCCCCCUCCAACAGAAACUCCUGGUCUGCUGCCUGCUGCUGCUGACAAAGCAUGGGAAGAGUCGCGUGAUACCUCUAGGGAAGCUACACGAAGUGUACAGCCGUCUGUGUGUCCAGAGACAGGUGGGAAGUGUGGGCCAGGGAGAGUGCUUGUCCCUCUGCAGUCUGCUGGAGAGUCGAGGCAUCUUCUCCAUGAAGAAAGCCAAGGAAGCACGUCUUACCAAGGUGUCCCUGAAGAUUGAGGAGAGGGAUGUUGAAAAUGCUCUGAAGGACCGUACCCUCCUGGGCAGUAUCCUCGCCACCGGUCUGCCAUGAUGUCAGUCUCCCUCCCAUUAUGAUGUGGCAUCUGCUGUUGUGCACCUCCUUCCACAGAACCCCAAGAACAUUUAUAUUGGUAAAGUUUGUAAAUGAUGACGCUAUUGCAGACUCAUGCUGUUGAUUUGAGAGGACAAGUCGGGACUUAAAAUUUAUGUACAUACAUUUUCUUUUCAAAAUCUUUGGUAACCACAGUAACCACACUUGAGAUUAUUUAGGUCUUUGAAUGUAUGAUAAUUAGUUGUGUCUGUAGUGGGUUAACUGUAUUAUUACUAUUAAAUAUUUUUGAUCCAGGAGUCACUGGUACUCAUUGCCAAUAUUUUUUGGUUUAUGGCAUGAACACUUUUUACAUUUUUAUCCAUACUUGAUAUCCAAACAAAGUGUUGGUAAUUUCUGAUGCGAAUGUACAUUCUUUUUUCAAAUAAAUAAAUGUACAGAUA